AUGGCGGUGGCAUUGGUGGUUGUUGAAGGCGGCGAUGGUGGUGAAAUGUGGCUGUGGCAGCGGGUCUUCUCUGUAUUUUCAAUUGUCACCUUCUUAUGUGCUUCUCAUAAAGCCAAGAAACUACAGAGCCAUAAAAAGGAGGCCUCGGCACAGUUUGGCGAGAAGAAGCUCGUUUCGAAAUUGCAAGAAAACAUAAGCAGCAAAGCUCUUUUGAUGGUGAAGAUGAUUUCUUGGAGAAAGGGUGAAGGAGAGGAAGAGUUUAAGGAUGAGGAUGAAGCUGUGUGGAAGAGGACCAUCAUCAUGGGAGAGCGGUGUCGCCCGUUGGAUUUUUCCGGGAAAAUUGUUUAUGAUUCUCAAGGAAAUCUUCUGCCCAAUUGA